AUGCGUGAGACCUGUGCGGCCAGGCCGGGGCUCAUGGCCGCCUCCAGGACGCUCGGCACCUUCCGUCUCCCACCAUUACCCACAAUUCGAGAAAUCAUUAAGUUGUUUAGACUGCAAGCUGUGAAGCAGCUAUCCCAGAAUUUUCUCUUGGACUUGAGGCUGACAGAUAAAAUUGUAAGGAAAGCUGGCAGUCUGACAAAUGCUUAUGUUUAUGAAGUGGGCCCUGGGCCUGGGGGAAUCACAAGAUCCAUUCUCAAUGCCGGUGUUGCUGAACUUCUGGUGGUUGAAAAGGAUAGUCGAUUUAUUCCUGGAUUACAGAUGCUUUCUGAUGCAGCACCUGGAAAACUGAGAAUUGUCCAUGGAGAUGUCUUGACAUUUAAGAUAGAAAGGGCUUUUCCAGAAAAUCUCAAAAGACAGUGGGAGGAUGAUCUUCCAAAUGUACAUAUUAUUGGCAAUCUGCCUUUUAGUGUAUCAACUCCACUGAUUAUCACAUGGCUUGAAAAUGUUUCUCAUAGAAAUGGACCUUUUGCUUAUGGCAGAACCCAGAUGACUUUUCAAAAGGAAGUGGCAGAGAGACUUACAGCCAGUACCGGAAGCAAGCAGCGUAGUCGCCUCUCCAUCAUGGCCCAGUACCUCUGCGACGUUCAGCACAUCUUGACAGUUCCAGGUCAGGCUUUCAUCCCCAAACCAGAGAUGGACUCGGGGGUGGUGCAUUUCACCCCCCUGACCCGGCUCAGGAUAGAGCAGCCAUUCAGGCUGGUGGAGAGAGUCGUUCAGAAUGCCUUUCAGUUCCGAAGGAAAUGCCGCCAUCGAGGGCCUGGAAUGUCAUUCCCUGAAUGUCGGCGAUUAGAAAGCACUGGGAAACUGUUCCGCUUGGCAGAUGUGGACCCUACCCUUCGACCCACCCAGCUCUCUGUGUUACAUUUUAAGAGCCUCGCAUACCAAAAAAUGUGUGAUGAAGACCCACACCACUUUGCUUACAAUUUCAGAGAAGAACUCAAGCAAAAAUCAGAAAAAAGGGGAUGA